AAUAAAUAUUUAUGUGAUUAAUCGUCUGUGAAGUAAAUAAAUACUUUAGUUUUUGGUUAUAUUAUUCAUCAUAACAUCUAGGCCUAGUUUUUAACGAUAAGCAAUUGUUAAGAUGAAAAGAGGCACUGUGAUUCUAGAGCCAUGGUCUACGAAAGAAAAGCUCUGUUUAGCUUCUGCUGUGUUACGGAGUGGAGACCAGAAUUGGAUGUCGGUGAGCAGAGUGUUGCGGGUGUUUGGUGAGCCGGAUCGGCCUUCCGAGUGGUACUCUCAGAAGCAGUGUGCUCUCCAGUACGAGGCUCUCCUCAACAAUGUGGGCACGACCAAGCGCAAGAAGAGAAGUGAGAAGGGCGUGGAGACGAUCGACACACCAAGCGAGAGCAUCGUCAGGAAACUUCUACAAGAACGGCAAGAAGAAGUGAACAGACUGAUCGAAGAAGACAGAAAGGCCUAUUUGCGUCUCUUGAAAGAAAUAGAAGACAUUGAAAGUGGACAAGCUGAUGACAGACUUGAUGAGUUUGAGCUGGAAAUUGAAGAAGAGAAGGAAAAGGAAGCUACAAGAGGAUCAAUCCUACGUCAACAUGAAGAAAGAAGUCGUCUGGAGGGAGGACGAGUUACUCCACAUUCAGAACCUCAGGAGACUAAAGUGGCGACUUCACCACUACUGACGAGCCUCCUGCAGAGUCCCAGUAGUUAUAGGGGUGGCUCUAUACAACACCUCCUCAACCCUCCUCCCCCGCCUCCGUCAUACUCUACUACAUCAGAUUCACCUACGCUCUCAAGACUUCUGGAGUCCCCGGCAAAACAGAUUGAACCAACAGUGCUCUUCAGCUCACCUGUUAAAAAAGAACCAAUUGAAGAAGAUUCAAUCCCUGCAAUGCAGCCUGAACCGGUUUCUACAGUAGAAAUAUCAUCCACUGAGGUAGUGGAGGAAGUGGACAGUAGCAGCAUUAGCCUAGGAGAGAUAAAAGAAGAAAUUCCUGAGGAAAAGGAAGAAAACAACGUGGAAAUGGAAGAGCCAGAUAUGUCCGGUAUACAUAUGCAAGAGGUGGAAGUAGAGAUGACAACAGAUGGAGAUAAACCCUCUGUGGAAGUGGCUAGAACUGAGAAUGAGGAGCAGGAUGGAGAGCAGGAGCAGAAGUCAUUGACCAACCUACAAGACCCUGACACCAUGGAGGAGCAGCAGUCCAUCACGGAGCUGGACAGUCAGACAGUCGACAUGAUUGUAGGGGAGCAGGACGGACAGGACGGAGAGCAGGAACAGUCGUCAUUGACCAACUUACAAGACUCUGACACCAUGGAGGAGCAACAGUCCAUCACUGAACUGGACAGUCAGACAGUCAACAUGAUCGUGGCUGGUGGUGGGGUAAUAUCUGUGAGUCAUGACACUUCUGGUGAACACUUAGAAGAGGUUACAUCUUCAGACAUACAAAACAAAGACGAUUCCGAGGCUGCUGAAUCGUUGGACGGAGCCAGUGACAAUGGAGAGAUCAAAGAGACAGAGGCAGAGGUGGACAACUUCAUCAUCGGACCGGAGACUCCCAAGAACAACUACGUGGUUCAGCUGCUGUAUUCCACUCCCGACAACUCCAUGGAGGAAGAAUCCAAGACGCCAGAAGUGAAGGGAUCGCCAAAAACACCUGGAGGGGCCGUGCUGGAAGUGGGAGGCGAGAUGGUUAGUCUAGGAGGGGCUGUGGUGGUGGAGGAAGAAGUAGACACUACAGUACAUGAGGUGGAGGUUCUAGUGUCUGAUCUAGACAAUACAGUCAGCAGCAGUCACAGGAUGGAGGUGACGGAUGUGAAAGAAUCCACCAUCUCCAGUACCAGCAGCACUCCGGUCUUGGAAGAGUGUAAUGCCAUUUCUACACCUGUCACCAGUAAAUAUGAAAGUGAGGUUGAAGUGAAAACUGAAGAAGAUAAACAUUCAAAAGACAGCCCUUCCACAUCCUACCAAAUGACUGCAAAAAUUAUUGAGUCCAAGCCUGCCUCUCCUUGUGUGGAGGAGGAAGACGCAGGCAAGAGACCCAGUAAGAAGCGCCUCAUCAGUGGAAGUGUGUGUUCUGAUUCUAAACCUAGCAGCCCUGCUCCUCAGUUGCUGGAGGACAGCAAAGAUAAUCGCGCUUGGAAGAAGUCCAUCAUGUUGGUAUACAACCGGCUGGCAACUCACAAGUACGCCUCCAUGUUCCUGAAGCCUAUCACCAAUGAACAGGCACCUGCCUACGAUACUGUGGUUCACAGGCCGGUAGACUUGUUCACUAUCAAGAAGAGAAUAGAGGUUGGAGACUUGCGCACUACUGUGGAGUUCCAACGAGACUUGCUGCUGAUGUUCCAAAACGCCAUCAUGUACAACAACAGCGAGUCCCUCGUGUAUGAGAUGGCCAGCAUCAUGCAGAACGAGUGUUUGCAACACAUUGAGCUGAUGGUGGAAGCAAUGGGCGAAGGAGUUCCGUGGCGCAAGGACCCAGUCAAUGUAGACAAGCUGCACACUCGGGCCCGAAGUGAGGCACCGAAAAGGAAGAGAAACUCUCUUGAAGAUGCAAAAUCUACCUUCACUCCAAAAAGAAGAAGAGACAACUCCACUUAGGUUAGAAAGUCAACAUUUGUUAAAAUUUUGGCCAUUUACUGCAAGGCCCUUACUUCAUAAGCAUUAUUCCUCUCGUUCUUUUGACUUGUAACAGAGUGUCCAGCUAACCUGGAAAUUGUACUUCAAUUUGGAUGACCAGGAAAAAUCUGUGAAUUUUGCUCCUAUUUUUUAUGGCCUGAAAAAUGUUAUAUCUUAAAUGAUCGCCAAUAUAAUAUGCCAAUAAUUUUGUGUAAUUGUGUCAAGUAAGAAAAUGAUGAUUGAGGAUGAUGAUCAUGAGUUCACAACGUUGCUAGGCUUGUGGAAGUCACAACAAUUGUUGGAAACAAUCACAAACAUGGCAGCGAUCGGUAAAUCUUCAUGGAUGUUGCAAUAAUUAAAGAUGUUGCCUCUAUCACAGGAAAUCAAUACAGUUAUUGAUAUGACUGCAGAAGACGAUCUUGGACAUUUUCAUGAUGGCUGGAGAUAAUCACUAAUUUUGCUGAGUUAGCAGUAAACUGUCCCAAAUUUUGGAACAGUUUUGAAAGUGGAUUUUUUCAGUCCAUAAGUGAUUUAAAAUAAAUUAAAUAAUAGUGAUAAUAGAUGCUUAUAGUAGGCUACCUUAUAUGUAUUUUGUAAACGUGGAUUCAAUAUUUGAAACUCAAAGUUUAGGACAGAUUUUACGAUCACAAAUUUUUCUGUCCUAGCAAAAAACUGAAACACAAAACCUCGAUUGAAUCUCAAUUAUUCGGUUCAUAAGAAUCCGUGAACAAUUGCUAAAUACAACGUGAAACAAUUUUCUUAUUGCCCAUUGCAAACAAGCUUGUCUUGACUUAUAGGCAGUAACCUUUGAUGUGUAAGGGCCUUUAAGGUGUAACGCUGUUAUCAUUGGACUUAUAAUUAAACUUAUGUAUGGUUUAUGUUUAUACAUUUUAGCAAAAAUGUAAACAAUCAACUUAAAAUGCUAUUACAAAGGCCCUGCUAAACACAACAAGAUCUCAAUAGUUGAUAGUGGGUGAUCACUGAUAUCAAUGAAUACAAACCUCUAUAAGAAGCGCAAUGCCUAUGUUAAAAAUUUAGUUUGGGAAUAUUUGAAUUUCGGAUAGUUCCCAUGGCAGCCGCAAGGUAGCGAAGGCGCUACUAUCACGACCGCGCUGCUAAGUCAGCUGACUGAGUGAGACAAUGAAUCGGCUUAGAGAGAGAGAGAGAGUUAGAGUAGUGCGGCUUCCGAGUCUGUCUAUUCUCUAUAAGCAUUUAGCUUCUUAUAGGGUUUUUUUCAUUGAUGAUAUGUUGGAAUAUCUAAGGAAUGGCCUAACAAUAACUCUCUGUUCUGUAACAAUCCUUUUAAUUUAAUUUUUUUGGCAGUUAUUAAAAGAGUUAAUUUUUAGGGGAUUGUCCUGUUUAACUUUUGAAAAUGAAACUGUCAUAUUAUCAAGAUUACCAAUAUUUCCAUAAGAAAUAUGUUUUUUAUAUGUUCUCAGGAGGUAGAAAAGAGAUUUUAUGUAGAGUUAUUAUAGUUUUUGUAAUAAGCUAAGCA